GCAUAGUCAUUGGUUGUGCGACACCUCGCUUUGCCUUGCCUGCCCAACGGUCUCUGGUUGCAUUGAGACAUCCGGCGGGUAGAAGACAGACGCGCUGCUGUCCGCAAGGCACGCCUGUGGUUAAAGGAUAGGGCACGGUCUCUCUGGUGCUCCGGAUGCUGGAAGACGGAUAAAGCAUUUAUUCCAUCUGAUUUAUAUUUCGAUUGAGAUUCUGAAAACAUCAAUCUGUGGUUUGCACUGCAGAGUGGAUGACCAGAUGGGGAAUGGCUCAAUGAAAUCAAAGUGCUUCAAGGAGCAAGGAGUGGAUGGAACUGGCAACACCAUGGCCCCCACAACCAAAAGAGAAAAAACAAAUCACAGAGACACUCUGUCAUCAGUUAGUGAUAAAAACACAGAGGUAUUAGAAGGCCUCAAAGCCAGGAUAGAGCAUUUGGAGGCAGAAUGUAGGGGGAAGGACGAGGAACUGACCAGUAAGGACCUCCGGAUCAAGCAGCUCCAGGAACAAUUGGCCAACCAAAUGCGAGUAGAGGUGGAGCUGAAGGAAGAGAUUCAGAAGAUAAACCUUCAGCUGAACAACCAGAUCCAGACCAAGAUUGGAGCUGCUGAAAGUACACCUGCCCCUGUCAUAGGUGUGGGUCAGAGUGUGGGCGUGACCAAGUCUUCAGGAAGCAGAAAGUUCCGAUCCAGCGUCAGCAGCCGGGUCCGAGACACAGUGAACAAGAGGAGGGGGGCCAAGGCCGGGGUUUCUGCUGAGCCCACAUCCAGGACCUAUGACUCCAGCUGCCUGCCCAAGUUUUCCCUGGAGAUGGCCCGUGUGCCCAAGGAUGCCAGUGUGAAGAAACUGCUGUGUGAGGCCCUCUGUAAGAACCCCUAUCUGAGGAGCCUGGAGGGACAACAGCUCAGAGACAUGGUGGAGUGUAUGUACCUGAAAGGUUACCAGCAGGGGGAUUACAUCAUCCGGCAGGGAGACACUGGCAACCACCUGUUUGUCCUGGCAGAAGGGAAACUGGACGUAUUACAGGACAAGAAAUAUGUGACCUCCAUAGCUGUGUGGACAACAGUUGGUGAGCUAGCCAUGUUGUAUAACUGCACCAGGAAUGCUUCAGUACGGGCGGUGAGUAAGGUGAAGACAUGGGUUCUGGAGCGGGAGGCCUUUCAGAACAUCAUGAGAAUGACAGCCGAGAACCGACACCAGCAGUACCGCCACUUCCUUAGGAGUGUCUCACUGUUGGCUAACCUACCUGAAGAAAAACUCAGCAAAAUUGUGGACUGUCUAGAAGUGGAGUACUAUGACAAAGGAGAAUAUGUGAUCAGGGAAGGAGAACAGGGGAGCACCUUUUACAUCAUAGCAAAGGGAAAGAUUAAGGUUACCCAGAGCACAGAGAAGCAUAAAGACCCCCAGACAAUCAACUUCCUGCAGAAAGGAGACUAUUUUGGAGAGAAAGCCCUAAUCAGUGAUGACGUCAGGUCGGCCAACAUCAUCGCGGACGAAGAUGGCGUGGAGUGCCUCGUUAUCGACCGGGAGACGUUUGAUCAGACGGUCGGCACUUUUAAUGAGCUCCAGGAGUAUCUCCAGGGUUACGUGGCGACACUGGACAAACACGACAAGAAGAGACAAGCCAAGAGGUCAGAUUCUGUGAGGCAGCACAGCCCCCCCUUCUCCCCAGACCAGUGCCAACUGAAGGAGGAGAACACAGGCAGGAUAUCUCCCCCCUCCCUCUCGGUCACUCUGGACAGUCUGGAAGUAAUUGCUACUCUGGGAGUAGGAGGAUUCGGCAGGGUUGAACUGGUGACAGCAAAGAAUGAGGAUGAGGAGGAGCCAAAGACGUUUGCAAUGAAGGUGAUGAAGAAGAGACACAUAGUAGACAACAGACAACAGGAACACAUCCACUCAGAGAGAAGGAUACUGACCCAGGCUGACUCAUCCUUCAUCGUCAAGCUGUACUGUACUUUUAAAGAUAAUAAGUAUGUGUAUAUGUUGUUGGAGGCAUGUCUGGGAGGUGAGCUCUGGAGUUUACUGAGAGACAGAGGGAGCUUUGAUGAAUCCACUGCAAAGUUCUGUGUGGGCUGUGUCACAGAGGCAUUUGAUUAUCUCCACCACAACAGAGUCAUCUACAGGGACCUGAAACCGGAGAAUCUCAUGCUGGAUGCAGACGGAUACAUUAAACUGGUGGACUUUGGCUUUGCCAAGAAGAUCCAGGUGGGCCAGAGGACCUGGACAUUCUGUGGGACUCCGGAGUAUGUGGCGCCGGAGAUCAUCCUGAACCGGGGGCAUAACUUUAGUGUGGACUUCUGGUCCCUCGGCAUUCUGGUCUAUGAACUGCUCACAGGCAGUCCACCUUUCUCAGGCAGUGAUCCAAUGAUGACUUACACCUUCACUCUUAAAGGCAUCGAGAAGAUGGACUUUCCCAAGAAGGUCUCCAGGAGACCUGAGGAUCUCAUACGCAAACUGUGCCGACGCAACCCUGCUGAGCGACUGGGCAACCUGAAGAAUGGAAUCACAGACAUCAAGAAGCACCGAUGGUUCAGUGGCUUUAACUGGGAGGGGCUGAAAGAAAGGACUUUAACAUCCCCCCUGAAGAGAGAGCUCUCUGGUCCUACAGACCACAGGUAUUUUGACAGCUAUCCUCCAGAUGAUGAUGUCCCACCAGAUGAGCUGUCUGGCUGGGACAUAGAUUUCUAAAGUACCCUGUCUCCAGAGCCCAGACAGUAGGAUCCAGUUGGCUUGGAUCACCAACACUGCUACUGAAAUAAAGUUAACAAGAAACACUGUGUUCAUGAAUGAGUAUUCCAGUGACAAGACCAAACCAUACAGUAAGCUGAAUAAGCUUCAAUUGUAGGUCCAAAUUAAUGUUACAAACCCGAUAAACAUUUCAACCCUUUUACACAAUAUAAAGUUAAUUAGACUAUAGUUGAAAUAGUCUUAACAGAAAAUCCGAAACCAACACUAAUCUCAAUAUUUCAAGCUAUCCAAACUCCAAUACCAAACCAAAAAACACAAAAUGCAACAAUAAAUCAAUCCAAAAGUAGGUCUAAAAUAUAUCAGAAUAAUCACAGCUGGAAAUAUUUCACUGUAGAGAUUCUUUGUAUGACUCAAUGACCUUGGUGUUCACAGUAAACCAAUGGAAUAAUAAUAUUUGGUUGGGAAUUUUAUAAUCAACAGUAAUGAGCUCAUAAAGGGCAAUGGAAAAUGCAAUGUUUAGUCUGGAAACCUUUUUUCUUCCCAAAACUAGCCUAGCCUGGUACCCACCAAACAUUUCCUCAAAACAGAUACCCCCCAUCUCCCGAUGGCAGAGUCUAUAUAAAUACUACAAAGCUGACCAAAUUCCGCCAGAUUUAUGUCUGUGUUUGAGAGACUCCUAACUUAAAGGAACAUCCUCUUUUAAAGGCAUAGUCCACCAAAAAUUCUAAUGGCAGACAUGUUGGUUUGCCAGAGCAUAUUAUGUUGUCAGAACUGGAUUGCAUGGCACUGUAAGGGACAACACACAUAAAGGUUCAAACUGACAAGGGUUUAACAUCUUGAAACAGAUCUAUUUCUGUUAUUCAGUAUACAGUUCCGAAUUACAGUGGUGUCACACACCCAAUCCAAUACAACUGAUGUCACCACACCCCAGUGGUUCUAACACAUGAGUCUGUGUGUGUUUGUAUUUGUACCAUGGCAUGAUGGGUACAAUGAUAUAAUUACAAAUCUUGAUUUUGCUUUCAAAAGAUUGGUGGAAGAAGGUGAAUCUGGUACAAGGAUGGACAGCGUUUUUUAGCUUUAACUAAAACAUAACAUAGAGGUUUUUAGCUGCAUGCUUAUAGAAUUCAUCCUCUGGGCCAGUGAGUUAUCAAGUGUGAGCCUUCUGGAGAGUAUUGCCAAACCAGAGAUAAUAUUUACACUCUGAGCGUCAACUUUGACCUACUAGAAUGUGUUUCUGUGGUUCCUUUCCUCUUGGACGUCUCAGAGACGAGCUCAAGUGGCAGAGCUACCGCAGAGAUUUGGCCAAGGGCAGUUAUAUUGUUUAUAACUUGUGCAAACAACAGUAUAUUUUGUGUUUUUGGUUUGUGGAGAGAUACAUAUAUGUUUUCAAGUUUUCUUCUUGUGAUUAAAGGAUUCCCUUUGAACAUUUUAA